GCCUCGGAAUGGGUCCGGCCACUUAUAUCCAUUCCCCGUUGCCCAGUUGCAGCGUGCAUUGUCGACUUGCAGCCGUUCACUUCUACUCUCCAUAUACCUGACAUGCCAUUUCCGUUAUAAUUGACCCUCCAUGGACGAGGGUUCCGAUCCGAAGGCCCCUCGACGUAAGAGGGUUUCCAGAGCUUGUGACAGAUGUCGGAGCAAAAAGGACAAAUGCGAUGGUUUACGUCCUGCCUGCUCGGCUUGUCAGGCCUCGGGCCAGACUUGUUCCUACGACCCGCAUGCGAAAAAACGUGGAUUGCCGGAGGGAUACGUCCGGGGACUAGAGAAACUCUGGGCGUUGUCGAUCUGUAACAUCGAUGGGUUCGAAGACACCAUGUUGGCCCUUUUGGGCUCUACGGCCGAAUCGGCUGGUCGUCGAGAUCAUCUCAUGAAUCUCUGGUCCAAAGAUGGAGCAUCUGAAACGAUGCACGAGUCCUGGAAAACCAGCCGGCUAUAUGGUGCCCUGGAAAAUUUGUUGUCAAACUCCGAUGCUUCGCCGUCGCGCGGUUCUGAAAAGCGCCCUCGCGAGGAAAUCGACGAUUUCUCCAACGGUGAGGGUACGGCAUGGGGGUUUCGCCUAGAACGCAGCUCGGCCUCUUUUUCACCGAGUGCUCCGCGCGUGGUAGAACCCUCCAAAACGUCCCCUCGCGCUAAGAGAGCUCGCCUUUCUGUUUCAUCAGAUAGUCGGCCCAUCUCGCUUGACCCAGGCUCUAAAGGUUCGCUUCAGUUGCCACCUCAGACCUCGCAGCUUUUAGAUGAUUACUUUGCCGUUACCCACUCGUGGUUCCCCAUCCUCGCUAAGCAUAACAUUCUCCGGGCAUCAUACCUUUACGUUAACGGCCCCCUACCGCUUACCAAUACCACCCCGGGAUCCGGCAAUCAUGCCGCACUCUGGGCUAUACUUAGCUAUGCCAUCUCUCAGUCUCAAACGGACACGCGGGAUGGGUCGCUAGAGAAGCUCGACCGGACGAAGGAAUAUUAUGCCACCUCUCGCUCCUUGAUCCCAUCCGAGACCGCCCAAUAUGAGAUAGGCCACGUGCAAGCGCUGCUACUGUUGACCAUGGUGAAUAUCGGUCUCGAGGACUGGACGGCCGCCUGGUUGCUGAGCGGCCAGGCAGCUCGGAUGGCCAUUUCAAUGGGUCUGGGCGCAUUGGCUGAUGUCCGACGAUCGGACGAUCUGAGACAAGGAAAAGCAGUGUUUCUUGGAUGCUUUGUCAUCGAUUCACUGCUGUCGUUUCGUAUCUCUCGAAGGCCAUGUAUGCAUACCCGAGAUCUAGCUUCAGUGGGACUCCUGGAAGAGGACGGCUUGGAAGAAUGGAAUUCCUGGGCAGAUGUCCUACCACCUACGUCUGGGAAGCAGGGAACAAACUCCCCCCGACGAGGUCCCCUGCUCGCCCUAAGUUGCUUUAAUCGGCUGGUUGAGCUGGCUAGUGUUUUGAAUAAGAUUGCUCGUGAUACUGCGACUGGAGCCAACGCACACAUGUUUGCACAGCAGCUGGUUUUAGAACUCAAGGCAUGGGAUGAUCGCCUACCGCUAGGUUGUCGACUGAUUGGUCCGGAGAGCAUCUACCCUGAGCGACACUCGGCAUUGCUUCCACAUCAAACAUAUCUAGGACUAACUUAUGUCGCUACUUUACUUUGGCUCUAUCUGCGCAUCGCACCCCAUGAGCUCGGGCUGCACCGCUCUCAACGUCCCGCCGUCGAGGGCGCAAAGAAAAUCCUCUAUAGAGCUCUGCCAAUGUUGUCUCAACAUAUGGAAAACUUUCAAAUGUGUGGUCUUCCGCCGGUGUUUGAGUUUGCCAUUUGGACAAUGGCAGAGCAGGCAUUUACCUUGCGCGACAGAAUCGAGUCUGACAUAUUCCCCUUCGGACGAUGGGCCGAAGCCCUUCUUCAACGAACAAGGGAACUCAGCCCAGCGUGGCCCGUUUACCGCGCAUUAACUACAACCAUCGAAUAUUGGUAUCACUCCAGAAGUCCACCGGAAACAGCGUCACCAUCCUUCCACAUUCCUAGCUCAGAAAGCCCGGCUUUAGGAGGUCGCAGUUUUUCCAGCCAUAAUACCUUCGCCGACUCCAUAUCCGCGGCUGCCGCACACCAUCGAAACCCAACCGGGGAGGCGUCUAUGAGUUCAAGGAAUCUUCUUGCAACAUCAGAGCCUGAUUACACCUCAUCCAUACUGGGGAUCCCCAUCCCCGUGGAUACACAAUAUAUGACCCCGAAAGACACGGUUAUGGAUAACACAGAUUUAUCCAUGUUAGAUGUAUCUUUCCAAGAACAACUCCAACAACAACCACCUCGUCCGGCUGAUCGAACACCAACGCGCAUGGAAAAGCCCGACGCAGCAAACGAUUUAGACGCACUGUUGCCUCCUGUGCAUCCCCAUCCGCCCACUCCCGACUCAUCCGUCUCAAACCUCAAAAUGCCCGUGAAUACCUCUAGCAACGACGCCCCUCGAUCCUCCGGGAACAACCUCGAACUAGGCCCCGAAAGCUCAGACAUGCAGGGACACUCCGUAUCUAGCAGCGACAUUGAUUCCAUCUUCAAAGAUCUGGCGUAUCUCGACACCACUGAGUGGGCAACCAGCCGCGAGGCAGGCUUGAAGGACUUCGGAUUCAUAGAUGACAGCACUUUCCACGCUUUCUGCCAUGACCCAGACCGACUCGCUGGGUCCGAGCCCUUGGUUCACCCCCCGUCAAUCGCAGACAUCUGGCCGCCGCCGGGCUUCUUUCCGGAAACCUUUCAGGAUUCCUCGGAAGAUACCAUGGAAGGGUGACAUAGGGACAUGGCUCGAUUCCUCCACCUCAGCGUUUUUACUAACAUACAUAUCUCUUUCUUACCCGCAUGCCUGGGUAGUAAUCUAGCAUGGCUGUAGCAGAUUACUCACGUGAGAUCAUUACAUCCCACUCAUAUUUAUCAUAAUACCCCGGGGUUAUUGGCAUGCAUACUAAGGCUGCAUAGUAAUGUCUUAAACGUCGACUUCCGACUCAUGUACGCUUCUCUUCGUUGGAUAUAUGCCAUCUGUGUUGGUUUUUGGGUUUCUGUGUGGUGCUCUAGAGCUCG